GGGAGGAUCGUCAUACCUUUAAGGGAUUAAAAAAGUGGUUGGUUUUGGUAUCCCUUAGGGUGUUUGUCCUUGAAAAGUCCGCAUCGGGAGCUGUUGCGGCACCGGCAGGGUACUGAGCUGAAACAAUAUGACAGGAGAUAUUGUGUUGUUUUAAAAUUGGUACCUCUUGGGGGUGAAAACAAUUCCAAGCCACUCUUACAAACAGGAUCUUGGUACCUCUUAGAGACUCUUUUUGAAAUUUGUGAUGGGCACCCCUGUCCUUUUUACAUGGGAAUUCCCCCCCACCCAAACCUGGGCAAGGCACUCAUUUUUGUCAGAACCCAUCUUAGUUAUCAAAUAGAGAUUCUUGAUUGAUUGACAUCAGUGUCUACAUGUAGUUGAAUGAGCUGAGCAAAAACUGAUUUUUUUGAAAGAACUCAAGUUCUCAAGAGCAGGACUCACCAAAAAUGUCAAAGACACAAAUGGGUGAUUAAGAAAUCAAUUCUUUUGUGAAUAUUUAUAAGAUCUUUAAAAACCUCAGUAACUGAUGGUUCCACGGGUAAGUCAUACCCCCAAUUUUGAAUACCAAUUUUUUAACGAAAAGUUAAUGGCUUGAGCACUUUGGUUUUCAUAGAAAGUUGAAUGAUUUUGAUUCUAUACCUUUCUAAUAUUUGCUGUUUCAGGGAUGAUGUAGCUGAUCAUAUUGGCACCAAAACUGGCAAAGAGACUAGUGAACACUAUGCUGAUCAUUUCAUCUCAGGAACUGUUGGGCAAGCAACAGUGGAACCAUUUAAGAAUAAGAUAGUCGAUCACACUUCAGCUGAUCAAGAAGUGUUAUCUCCAACACUGUUGCACCCCCCUGAACCUGUAGAGAUGGGCAUCACUGAACAGCAAGAGCUGGGAUAUAUGCCGCUCAGAGAUGAUUUUGAAAAGGAAUAUGAUAAUGAAGCUGAAACUCUUGUAAGUGGUUUGCAGUUCAGUUAUGAUGAUGAAGAUGUUGAAGUAGAUUUGAAACUAGGAAUUAUAGACAUGUAUUUAAGAAGACUCAAGGAAAGGCAACACCGAAAGAAUAUCGCAAGGCAGCAUGGACUUAUUGCUAGUAAACACAGAAUAAUAGCUCUUCGUAGAAAGUACAGCAAAGAAGACAGGGAAUUUCGGGACGCUACCAGAGUUUUUGCAAGGUUCAAGAGCCAUAGUGAAUGGGAAGAAUUUUUGAAUGGUCAUUUAAGGGAAAGGGAACUUAGAGCGAGAAUAAAAGAUUUAAUGAGAUACAGGAAGAAUGGAAUCACAAAACUGGCAGAGUGCCAAGAGUACGAUGAACAAAGAUUGCGACGAGAAAGACGAAAAGAAAACAAAAGGAAAAUGGUGGGUGGUGCACAACCGAGAAGAACAAAUGUAUCGAUGGGGAAAAAGAAUGAGGCUGCAUCGGAAGAAAAGGAUGAAAAAGACGGUGCACUCUCGUCACCCAGUUUUGCAGAUCAGAUGAAGAAUUGUGCCACGUACAAACUGUUAUCGCCGGUCGAAAGACAGCUCUGUGCGUCCAUACACAUGAAACCAGGAUUUUACAUCACAAUAAAGACAAUCAUAUUAAAGGACAAUCUCCUCAGACGUCAAGGCGUGCAGGUUAAAACUCGUUACCCACCGAACCUCGACAAAACACACAGAAAACACAUCAUGAAUUUUCUUAAAGAAAGCGGCUGGGUCGCCACUUCGGGGAAAAAGAAUGAGGCUGCAUCGGAAGAAAAGGAUGAAAAAGACGGUGCACUCUCGUCACCCAGUUUUGCAGAUCAGAUGAAGAAUUGUGCCACGUACAAACUGUUAUCGCCGGUCGAAAGACAGCUCUGUGCGUCCAUACACAUGAAACCAGGAUUUUACAUCACAAUAAAGACAAUCAUAUUAAAGGACAAUCUCCUCAGACGUCAAGGCGUGCAGGUUAAAACUCGUUACCCACCGAACCUCGACAAAACACACAGAAAACACAUCAUGAAUUUUCUUAAAGAAAGCGGCUGGGUCGCCACUUCGUGACGCUUACUAUAAAGUAACGUCUCAAUGUAAUUUAGGACAAAUACAAAUAUUGACUUCGAUAUUGUAAAUAUCAGUGACUAUGAAGGAGCUUAGUAUGCAAUGUCGUCAAAAAAUGUACCGUGUACAAUUAAGCCUGGUUUUCACUAGCGACGCAAGCACAAGCACAAACGCAAACACAAUAAUUGUUAUUUCACCGUGAA